AUGCCAAAUACUACAGUAAGCUAUGCAACGUACUGCACCCACGGCUACUCCUACUCCCUGUGGCGAAAGCUCCCGACGUUCGGAGAGGCCGAGGAGUUCCUCCACGCCAAUGGGGUCAUUGUCAAACGUCUGGCCCAGCGCCAUAACGGAGAGCUGACGUGGACGGCCUACGACGUCAUGGACCCGGACGUGAAUGCGUUCGCGUGGAACGAGGUGAAGGUUCUGCGAGACACCUACGCCACCUCGAACCGGGCGGAGUACUCCGCUGCUCUGGUGGUCGUAAAGCGAGCCGCCAUGGUGUACCCAGGCAGAAGCCGGCCCAACCGCGACCUCAUUCAGGCAAUCCUGCGAGUGGCUAACGGCCGCGUCAUGAUGUUCCGCUACGUGCGGGCUCACACGGGGCGAACCGAGUGGGAGUACUCGUGGAACGACAAGGCCGACAGCAUGGCGCGCGAGGCUGCCCGCGAUUGGGACAACGGGUACUAUUGA